AUGUCUCUUGAUCCUGAGACUGCUGCCUUGCACAUGUUGUCUUCAACAGAGAGGUUUAUGAAGAAAAUUCAAGAUCGCCAUGAUACAGAAGAAUACAAAGGGACCACAAUGGCUGCUAUAAAGCGCCAAGUCAGUGAAGCAAAGCACUGUGAUGAUCUAUUGGCCAUCUCUAAGAAACAGGCUGCUCUGCGUGAAGCAGAGGCGUUCUACAUCGACACGGCGAUGGAUUAUAUGAAUAAUGGACUCAGCUUUUGCCAACUUAUUACUGGAAUCGACAUAAAACGAGAGUUUGUCUCAAUGAUCAAUAAAAUAUUCGAUCAGGCCGACUGCGCAGAGAUAUCCUUUACAGAUUUGACGCCUGUUUCUACUCGCCAGGAAGUAUCCAAUCCCGUUUGGCCACAAACAUCGCAAGUCAUGACAAGGCUGGUGCCUCUAGAAUUUGACCGCAACGAUAGUACACUGGAUGACCCAUUAAUAAUGCUAGAUUUGUUCGUUUCGCCACCUGCAGAGAUACCAUCAGCCACCGAGGAGUCCCAACCAACAACCGACUUUGACGUGGUAUACAAUGGAGGAAACCCCACGCGUGUUAUCCUUGAACGUGACGGUGUAUUUUAUAUACUUAGUUGCGAAGAACACAACUUGAAAUUUGAUGACGCCGUCGACACCAUUCCGACUUCGAAAGGUAGUCAUGGUCGAAUCUGGAUGCGUGCUAGCUCGCACCGGCGAUAUCAUCAUUCAGAGACCCAGUCUACGACUCAACAGCUGUUUGGUGUUAUUGUAUUGAACUGUACAGAUAAAUUGCAGAAGAAGAAUAAUGAAGCAUUCCGACACUUCACGAACCGAGGGCUUGGGAUUAGCCGCGAUACCCAAGGCUGGAUUGUUGGUGGCUCCGGAUCGAACCCUAUGUCUCCUGAAGAAAAUGGAGGAAUGGUCAAAAGAAAAAGAAAAAGAAAUCAACAAAAGAAGCGAGGCAGAAUAGAGAUGUUGCCUUCGAAAGUUGAAGAUGAUUCAGAUGACUAUGUUGGGCAUUUUAGCAAGAGAAGAAGUCCUAUGGCAAGACGAAGGGCAACGUUCCUAGCAACUGUUGACUCAGAUUCGGAACCGGAAAUGAGGUCGUUGAAUAGACGAAGAAAAAGGUUGGAAUACGAAGAAGGAGUUGGGGAUUCAACCGAUGGACGAUCCACGUCUGACAUGGGAAAUCCAGCCGUCCUAGUGUCAGACAGCUCCUCUGACAAGAGUGAUGCGUACUCUUCAGACCGUCGAUGUAGUCUAAUCGUCAAACUACGCGUCGACCCAUCGAAGUUGAUGCGACUUUAUGCGCGUUAA